UUAGAAGACAAGCCCGGAAGACAAAGACAACUCAACAUCAUGUUGAACCUGCACACAUUUGACGGCCAGAUUCAGACGAAACAACAAAAUCGGUCCACAUUCAUCUCACCAACAUCGGUCUUGUUAGGUUCCUCCUUUUUCGUCUUCCUUCGCGCAUGCUCUAAAGGUGUUUGAUGAUAUGAGUCUGAGAAGGAGCACCGUCGAGGAGCUCAUAGAGAGGGCUGGUGGUUGCUUGGUCAUUGAUGGUGGUCUUGCUACCCAGCUCGAGGCCUUUGGCGCCGACAUCCUUGACCCGCUCUGGAGCGCGCGCUGCCUCAUCUCUGACCCUGACCUUAUCAAACAGGUUCAUCUACAGUAUCUUGAGGCCGGCGCCGAUAUAUUAAUAACUUCUUCCUAUCAGGCGACCAUUCCUGGAUUUUUAGCCAAAGGUCUUUCUAUUGAAGAAAGUGAGCUUUUACUUCAGAGAAGUGUAAAAUUAGCCCAAGAGGCCCGAGAUAAUUUCUGGAAUGUUGUGCGAGGGAAUUCCAUGAUUACAGAUAGCUGUCCACUGGUUGCAGCUUCAAUUGGAAGUUAUGGAGCUUAUCUUGCAGAUGGGUCUGAAUAUAGUGGUAUUUAUGGGGAUGUGAAUCUGGAGAAACUGAAAGACUUUCAUCGACGUCGGGUGCAAGUUCUGGUAGAUGCUGAUCCGGAUAUACUUGCCUUUGAGACCAUUCCCAAUAAGCUUGAAGCCAAGGCCAUAGCAGAGCUACUGGAUGAAGAAAAUAUCCAAAUUCCUUCUUGGAUUUGCUUUAGCUCUGUUGACGGUGAGCGUGCACCUUCUGGAGAGAGCUUCAAAGAUUGCCUUGACAUAUUAAAUAAGAGUGAGAAAGUCAGCAUUGUUGGAAUAAAUUGUUCUUCACCUUUCUUCAUAGAGAGACUCAUCAUUGAAUUUAAGAAACUAACAAGGAAACCAAUAGCUGUUUAUCCAAACAGUGGUGAAGUAUGGGAUGGUAGAGCUAAGAGAUGGCUGCCAUCUGAAUGCUUGGGGCAUGAGAAGUUUGAGGAUCUUGCAAAGAAAUGGAAAGAAGCUGGUGCUAGGCUAAUAGGAGGGUGUUGCCGAACCAACCCUGCAACCAUCCAAGCAAUAUCCAGUGUAUUGAAACCCAGAACAUGAAGCAUGUUAAAGGAGAUUGUUUACUUAGUUUAGUACUAAUGUUGUCUUGCUUUUUGUUGUUUCUACGUGGUUGGUAGAUGACUACUACCCAUUUUUAUGGGCUUUGAUACUUCUUCCAAUGCUCUUUGUUGUUGUCCUCGGCC